AAAAGAAUGUUCAGUCCUUCUCAGAAACGGAGGUGGUACUUUGCGGGCGCCGGACUAAGCGGCGAGACCGUGGUAACCCCUUCAGUUUCUGCCUAGUGAUGUCAGCACUGAGCUACUUGUCUUGGCUGCCUUGCAGGUCAGUCUGGGCUAGAGUACACUCGCAGACUAAGGGAACGUUUGAAGCUGUCUGCUAAGUGACUUUACAUUUGAGUUACAAGGCGGGUGAAAAGGACUUGAAGAUCCGCACAAACUCGGCAUGCAUACACCAGACAUGUGGAUGACCUGGAUAUUUCACCGAAUUAGGAUUUAAACUGCCAGGAAACUAGGGAGGCUAACUUUUCCCCUUCAGUACUGGAUUAACGUUGGAACGGUUGGUUUGCUGUAAUGGUGCUGUUGCUGCUAUGCACAUCCGGGCCCCAACGUCUGCUCUGACUCCAUUAUCGUUCGAUCACUCUCAACUGGGAAAUCCAAGGGGGGAGAGGAAUACUUUACAUUUUUAUUUUGGUAAAACGCGAAAGAAGCUUCGCCCCGAAUUCAAAACGGGGAGUUAAAGGACAUGUCGAACCAGGGGGUGAGGAGGAAUGGGCCCGUGAAACUACGCCUGACAGUGUUGUGUGCAAAAAACUUGGUGAAGAAGGACUUCUUUCGGCUUCCUGAUCCCUUUGCUAAGGUGGUUGUUGAUGGCUCUGGACAAUGCCAUUCUACUGACACUGUGAAGAACACUCUUGACCCAAAAUGGAACCAGCACUACGAUUUGUACAUUGGAAAAUCAGAUUCUAUUACUAUUAGUGUAUGGAAUCACAAGAAAAUCCACAAAAAGCAAGGUGCAGGAUUCUUGGGGUGUGUACGGCUACUUUCCAAUGCUAUAAACCGUCUAAAAGAUACUGGCUAUCAGAAGUUAGAUCUAUGCAAAUUGGGACCCAAUGACAAUGAUACUAUAAGAGGACAGAUAGUAGUCAGUCUUCAGUCAAGAGACCGAAUAGGAACAGGAGGACCAGUAGUAGACUGCAGUCGAUUGUUUGACAAUGAUUUGCCAGAUGGCUGGGAGGAACGCAGAACAGCAUCGGGAAGGAUUCAGUAUCUGAAUCACAUCACGCGAACAACGCAAUGGGAGAGACCAACACGGCCAGCUUCUGAAUACUCAAGCCCAGGCAGGCCACUUAGUUGUCUAGUGGACGAGAAUACUCCAAUCCCAGGAACAAAUGGUGCUGUGCAAGGACAGUCCCCAGACCCUAGAGUAGCAGAGAGAAGAGUAAGAUCGCAACGGCACAGAAAUUAUAUGAGCAGAACACAUUUACACACACCUCCGGAUCUUCCAGAAGGCUAUGAGCAAAGAACGACGCAGCAGGGUCAGGUGUAUUUUCUACACACACAGACAGGGGUCAGCACGUGGCAUGAUCCUAGGGUGCCCAGGGAUCUCAGCAAUGUAAAUUGUGAGGAGCUUGGUCCUUUGCCUCCAGGGUGGGAGAUUCGUAACACUGCUACAGGAAGGGUAUAUUUUGUUGACCACAACAACAGAACAACACAGUUUACAGAUCCACGAUUAUCUGCCAACUUACAUUUAGUUUUAAAUCGGCAAAAUCAACUGAAAGAUCAGCAGCAACAGCAGCCGCCCCAGGUGGUUCCCUUGUGCCAGUUUCCAGAGGAAGCAGAAUGUCUUACAGUUCCAAGGUAUAAGCGGGACCUGGUUCAAAAACUGAAGAUUUUACGACAAGAACUGUCACAGCAGCAGCCACAGUCUGGUCACUGUCGGAUCGAGGUGUCUAGGGAAGAAAUAUUUGAGAGAAUGGCUUUAUCUGUUGUCCCAUGAAAUGCUAAAUCCAUAUUAUGGCCUUUUCCAGUACUCACGUGAUGAUAUAUAUACUUUGCAGAUCAAUCCAGAUUCUGCAGUAAAUCCAGAGCAUUUGUCAUAUUUCCACUUUGUUGGACGGAUUAUGGGAAUGGCAGUUUUUCAUGGACAUUACAUUGAUGGGGGCUUUACAUUACCGUUCUACAAGCAGUUGUUGGGAAAACCAAUCACUUUAGAUGACAUGGAGUCAGUUGACCCUGAUCUUCACAACAGUCUUGUCUGGAUACUUGAAAAUGACAUCACAGGGGUGUUGGAUCACACAUUUUGUGUAGAACAUAAUGCCUAUGGCGAAAUUAUCCAACACGAACUCAAACCAAAUGGAAAGAGCAUCCAAGUUACAGAGGAAACCAAGAAAGAGUAUGUUAGGUUAUACGUUAACUGGAGGUUUUUACGGGGAAUUGAGGCACAGUUCUUGGCACUGCAGAAGGGUUUCAAUGAAGUUAUUCCACAGCAUCUUUUAAAGGCAUUUGAUGAAAAGGAGCUAGAGCUUAUCGUUUGUGGCCUUGGAAAAAUUGAUGUCAAUGACUGGAAGGCAAAUACUAGGUUAAAGCACUGUACACCUGACAGCAACAUUGUUAAAUGGUUCUGGAAAGCAGUUGAAUCUUUUGAUGAAGAGAGGAGGGCUCGAUUACUCCAGUUUGUUACAGGUUCAUCCAGAGUGCCUCUGCAGGGUUUCAAGGCAUUACAAGGUGCUGCAGGCCCAAGACUAUUCACAAUACAUCAGAUUGAUGCCAGUACUAACAAUUUACCCAAAGCUCACACAUGUUUUAAUCGUAUUGACAUUCCUCCUUAUGAAAAUUAUGACAAGUUGUACGAGAAGUUGCUGACAGCCAUAGAAGAAACAUGUGGGUUUGCCGUGGAAUGAUUGUCACCUUGACUAGUACCGAACUAUAUUUUUUAAACUAUAUCUGUAAGAAAGGCUAUUUUCAACCAAGGCACCAGAAAUGCUUGAACUACUUACAGGUAUUUCCCUUAUUUUAUGGAAGGACAUAAUAAGGGGAAAAGGAUGACUUAUUUUGAAAACUUUUGACUUUUCAAGAAAGUCAGUCCCACAGCUUUGGCCAUGAGACUGCUUUCAGCUGCUAUGUUUAAAAAAAAAAAAAAAAAAAGGAAAAAGAAUUAAAAAAAACUAAUCUUGAAUAUACAGAAAUAUACAGGAUGCUGACUUUUUCGGAAUCUCAGCAGUUGUGGUAUUCAACAGUUCAAAAAAAAGCAACUACUUUUUAAAAACCUUAUUUGUUUUGUUUACUCACACAGUUCCUGAUGUAUAACAAGCACCACAACUUGGCUGCAAAAGUUUUACAAUGUGCUGCAUCAUCAGUAAUCCUACGUAUUACACCUGCACUUUCAUUUUUAUAAAGUGAAGGAAGUUCUCCAAGGAGUUAUCCAAUGUCUUUGUGAAGCUGGCUUAACUGCAUUGCAUCUCUGAAUUAAAUGGAAUGAUUUUGAAAUAUAGGGAAUAUGUGAUGUAUAGGCAACAUACUACUCUGAAGUUCUAGGAAGUUAAUUUCAAAGGUACUGCUUUGCCAUUUAGGAUUCUAAAUAAUUAAAGUGGAUAAUAUCUGUGCCAGUAAUUAUCACAGAAAAUUUUCCAUGAAUGUUGGUGUUAGACUGCAUCAUGACACAGAAUUUUUUAAGUAAAAACAUGAAAAAAAAAGCCCUAAAAUUGUAAUUGUAAAGCACAAUAGCCUGUAAAAAAACUGAUGUGGAUUGUAUUAAGGUAAUUGACUUUCAUAAGAUUUCAGUAGUAGUGCUGUAAUACUUGGUGGAAGUGUGUCCAUGUUGGUUAACUAAAGAUUCUGUUAUACCAAUCAUAGAAUUCUAAUCAUGUGGAAUAUGUGUAAUCAGAGGGUUUACUAAUGUGUAAACUAUGCUAAUUGAAAAUAUUUUGUUUAGCAGUGUUGUUUGAAAGGAGCACCACAGGUACAUAUUUCUUUUUUUUCAGGUGAUUGAAACCCUAGUUACUUCUCUCAUGCUUGAAUUUGUAGGAUGGCACCUCCUUUGUAGCUUUGGGAACAGAAUAUAGUUACUGCACUGCAGCAUUGAAAUGGGACUUUUAUUUUCAUUUUGUAUAGUAGCAUAGCUGCAAUCAGCAUUGUAUAUAGGGGAGUAGAAGUGUGUAGUGAUCUUUUCACAUAUUGCAUUUUCUUUAAAAAAAAUAAAUACUAGACUCCAAGAUGCUGUUGCUGCAGAUUAUACUAUAUGUAUUGGUGUGAGUGGUGCUUUGACCAUCUGGGCCUUUUUUCUUCAGUAGCCCUUAUCCCGCUUGCUCGCUGUUCAUAUGCAUGUGUGU